UCCUUUGCUAAAGGCAAACGCUGAAGGCUUCACAAUCAUGAAGAUGCUUCUGUGCUUGAGCUUCCUAACUCUCAGCUGUGUCUGGGCCAUUGCUAUGGAGAUUCCCAUGAGCACAGUGGUGAAAGAAACCUUGAUACAGCUGUCCACUCACCGAGCUCUAUUGACAAGCAAUGAGACAAUGAGGCUUCCUGUUCCUACUCAUAAAAAUCACCAGCUAUGCAUUGGAGAAAUCUUUCAGGCACUAGACAUGCUGAAGAACCAAACUGUCCGCGGGGGUUCCGUGGAAAUGCUAUUCCAAAACUUGUCAUUAAUAAAGAAAUACAUUGACCGCCAAAAAGAGAAGUGUGGCGAGGAGAGGCGGAGGACGAGGCAGUUCCUGGAUUACCUGCAGGAGUUCCUCGGUGUGAUGAGUACAGAGUGGGCAACGCAGGGCUGAGGCGCAUCGUGGCGACAGGACUUCACGUUUGAAGUUACAUUUUCAACAGAUGGAAAAAUCCCACAGAACUGUACAAAUGCAAGGGUUACCAAUGCUGUUUCCACUCAUAUUUAUGUCCUGUAGUCAGGUUAGACCUAUCUAUAUCCACAUAUGGCAAAGUAUUUAACAUUCUUUUUUGUGUAUGUAUAACAGAAAUUCCUGUUGCACAGGCUGACUUCAAACUUGUAAUAUAGCCAAGGAUGGCCUUGAACUUCUGAUCCUCCUGCUUCCUCCUGCUGAGGUCUGAGAUUACAAACAUGCACCAUUGGGACUAGUUCAUGUGGUGCUGAGGAUGGAACGCAGGGCUUUGUGCAUACUACCAACUGAGCUACACUUCCUAGCCCUCAUUCCCUUCUUUGGUCAGGGUCUCAAGUAUUCCAGGCUGACUUUGAACUCAGUGUAUAGCCAAGGAUGACUCUACACUCUUGGUCCAGGUGGAUGCAGGAGGAUCACAUACCCAAUCUCAGCAUCCUAGCCCUUUGAGAUAGAUGGUACUCAGUGACUCUCUUGCUGAGGGAUGCCACACCAGGGCUUCCUGAUUCUAUCUAAUUUCAAAUUAAUACCCACUAAACAAUCUCUCCUCAUCUCCCUGCUACUCUCCCCAGCCUCCAGUAAGCCCACUUCUAUUUCUACAAGGUUGACUUUUCUUAUGUUGUAUGUAUGAUUCAGAUUGUGCUAUGAUACUCUGUGCCUGGAGUAGCCCAAUUUUGGAAAAGAAAAGGGACAUUUCCUUGCAGUGAGAAUGAGAGCCAGCCACAUGCUGGGUCUUACUUUUCAGUGUAACUGAACUUAAGAAGCAAAGUAAAUACCAAAACCUUACUACCCCACACAAACACAAACAGAAAGCAUCAAAUAGUCGGGAUGUUAUUCAGGUAUCAGGAUCACUGGAGAAACCUCCCCCAGUUUACUCCAGGAAAAAAAAGAUGUAUGCUUUUAUUUAAUUCUGAAAGAUGUUCAUAUUAUUUAUGACAUGUUUAAGGAUUCAGUAAGUUAAUAUUUAUUGCAAUGUAUGUAAUAUUCUAAUAAAGCAAAAAGGAUAACU